GGCGCUUCGCGGGGCCUCUGGUAUCUGUAUCUUUCAGUUUGCUUGCGACCGUUACAACCGCCAGUUGAACGAUUCAAAACGGAGCGAUUCGUGGAUUCGUUGACAUCGUGUCGUCGUCGUAGUCGUCGUUGAUUUCCGUUUUGUGUAUCAAGCCAGGUCUUGACUCGAUUCUCAGUUCUCGGCUCGGCUCGAAAUGGGCGAAUGGAAACCAAACAAAAUUCCAAUUAAAAUUCUGUUUGCCGCGCAUUAAAAAAAAUCUUAAAAACAUCAUCCGUUAAAAAUAUGAUAAUUACCUGAAAAGGAAAACAGGAAUCUAUGUGUUUGUGUGGAUAAACUAAAAAGUGAAUUAUAAAUUGAAAAAUAAAAACAAGAAUAUUUUGUGCAAUCGCUCUAAAGUGAUUUUAGUUGCUUCUGAUAUUUGGGAUAAACAAAAAAGCUUUCAAAAUUUACUGCAACACCGGCUUUGGCAAUACCAUCUUCAAAAUAAAUACCAACAGCAACAUCAACCCCCCCAGUGGCACCAGUACCACCCAUCUUGAGAUUCUGCACCACCACCACCACCCAGAAAACAGUGCGAGAAUGCUGUUCGAGAAUCCGGCUGUUCCGGCAAAGUUGCCGUUUCCAUACAACGUGCCACCGCCUCUUCAGGCGGCGGCAGCAGCAGCCGCUGCUGUGCCAAAUUUAAGGUUUCAGACACCAAUUAAAGCGUUUGCCUGCCUGACAGCAGCCACAAGGUCAGUAUCAGAGAUGAAUGGCACUUCUUUAUACGUUGGCAACCCGAUGGAGAACGCAGCAGCCGCUGCCGCCGCCGCUGCAGCGGGCCUCAUCGACCCGCGCCACAAUCGCGACUUGCACCAGGCUCUGGUGGCCUCCAUGGCCAACAAUGGUGUGGCCACCAUCGGCAGUGGACUGACCACAGCUGCGGUCCUCAAAAGCGCCGCCCAACAGUCACAGGCGGUGGUGACUCAGCAGACACAGAAUCCCGGCACGGCCGUUGCCGCUGGCCAGGAGCAGCAGCCGGGCGCCGGUCAGGAGCUCAAGCAGGAUCUGGCCAUGAUCAAGGAGGAGAGCAUGAAUGCCGUUGUAGUGGCUGGCCAGAACGGUGGCCAACAGAGUGGCAGUAACAACAGCGGCUCCUCGGGCCGCUCCACACCCAGCCUGACCGGGGGCAGUGGCUCCGAUCCGGCACCCGGAAAACUCUUCGUCGGCGGCCUCAGCUGGCAGACAUCCUCCGACAAGCUGAAGGAGUACUUCAACAUGUUCGGCACUGUCACCGAUGUGCUCAUCAUGAAGGAUCCGGUCACCCAGCGCAGUCGCGGCUUCGGGUUUAUCACAUUCCAAGAACCCUGCACCGUGCAGAAGGUUCUCAAGGUGCCCAUCCACACCCUCGACGGCAAGAAGAUCGAUCCAAAACACGCCACCCCAAAGAACCGACCGCGCCAGGCCAACAAGACCAAGAAAAUCUUUGUCGGCGGCGUUUCCCAGGACACCUCCGCCGAGGAGGUGAAGGCCUACUUCAGCCAGUUCGGCCCCGUCGAAGAGACCGUGAUGCUGAUGGACCAGCAGACGAAACGCCAUCGCGGCUUCGGCUUUGUCACCUUCGAGAACGAGGACGUGGUGGACCGCGUCUGCGAGAUUCACUUCCACACCAUCAAGAACAAGAAGGUCGAGUGUAAGAAGGCCCAGCCCAAAGAGGCGGUCACCCCGGCCGCCCAGCUCCUGCAGAAGCGCAUCAUGUUGGGCACUUUGGGCGUUCAGCUGCCCACAGCUACCGGACAGCUGAUAGGUGCUCGUGGCACUGGCGUCGCCGCCAUGAAUCCCCUGGCCAUGCUGCAGACUCCCACACAGCUGUUGCAAUCGCCGGCAGCCGCCGCCGCCGCCCAACAGGCCGCUCUCAUAUCACAGAAUCCGUUUCAAGUACAAAACGCAGCCGCUGCCGCCACGAUGGCAGCCAACCAGACUGGUUUUGGAAAACUGCUGACCACAUAUCCACAGACAGCCCUGCAUAGUGUCAGGUAUGCUCCUUAUUCGAUCCCCGCCACCGCCGCCACUGCCAAUGCUGCCCUGAUGCAGGCUCAUCAGGCGCAGAGCGUGGCCGCCGCUGCCCACCAACAGCAGCAACACCAUCACCAGCAGACCCAUGCCGUGGCCGCCGCCCAGACCCACCAGCAGCCGCAGAGCCAUCACUCCGCCGUAGCCGCCUCGAAUCCCGCUUCGCAGGCCCAUUCGGCAGCCGCUGCCGCUGCCCUGGCGGCCAAUGCAGCAAAUGGAGCCGCCGGAGGUGCCAGUGCCCACAGCCUGGCCGCUGCCGCUCAACAGGCUGCCCUGGUUGCCGGAAAUCCGCUGAACGCUGCUGCUGCCGCCGCCGUCGCUGCUGCCAAUCCCGCGGCCGCCUACUCCAACUAUGCUCUGGCCAAUGUGGACAUGUCCAGCUUCCAGGGCGUCGACUGGAGCACCAUGUACGGCAUGGGCAUGUACGUCUAAGGCGGGGGUUCUGUUUGGUAAUUUGAAUGAAACACUCAACUCACAACACACACACACACAACACCCACAACCCCAAGUCAAUGGGGGGAACACCAGCUCCCUUGGCGUAGACUCAUGGCCCCCAUUUAACACACCCACUCAGAAACGCUCAUCCGAAGUUGGUUUUCCUUUGAGUUCUACUUGGUUAGUAGUCCGACACACGGAAGGCGAAUUAAGUAUUAUAUUUAAGGCGCUCUCGGGGCGCGAUCAAGAAAACUAAAAAUAUAUAUAAUAUAAAUAUAAAACAAAUCAUAAGCAAUAUAAGCAAGAAAACAAUUUAGAGGAAGGCGAAUCGAAAACGAGGAGAAACAAAAUUCAAACCAAAAAGAAUAAAUUACGAAGCGAUAUAGAAGCAAAAAGGAAAACAUUAAAAAACCACCGAUUGUGAUUGCGUUUAAAUGUAGCCGUUAAUAUAUAAUUUUUAGUGCAUAAAAAAAAAAAACAUUAAACGUAAAACAUAAAUUAUAAUACUAAAGAAUAAAAUUAUAACAAAAAUUAUUAUAUCUAACUAUUGAAAGAAAAUCAAAGAGAGCAAAGCAAAGCAAAGAAUCUGAAAACUUUUCGCAGUCUCGAAAAACUAACCCAAAAAAAUAAAGAAAGAUCAAUUGAAAUGAGAGAUGAAGAAAUCCAGCAGUGCAGUAUUAAGCAAUUGAAUCAAACUGCAAGAGACAACAUUUUGCUCAAUCAAAGAGUUGAUUAAAUAUUAUUCACACACACCACAAGUUAAUCAAAAAAAAAAAACGAUGAAAACUGAUCGAAACUAUAAUUUUAGUGGUUUAGUUGAGUUCGAAUUUAAUUCACCCCCAGCGUAGGAGAACCUCAUUUAUCAACAAGCUAACAAAACAUCACCAAAUCAACACCCCCAACACACACUUGCACAGAUCUUUCUCACUUCUGUCACUCUAAUCUGUUUAUUCUAAUACUCUAUUCUUUGUACUUAAUAAUAUAAAAUACAAAAGCAACGAACAACUCACUCUUUCGUUGGUGAUUUGUGUGUGUUUGACCAUCUGAUUUUGACUUAGUUUUAGAAUUAGUUUACUCUCCACCCAAUCUCAACCAUUAUGUAGCUACUAGCUAGUAACAUUUAUCAUUUUGCAUUUGCAUAUUAUGAUUUCGAAGGACAGAAAGUAAUUUAGAUUAACGUAGGUAUGCUCGAACGGCCUACGAGUCUCCAGGUCGAUACUAAUCCCAUGGAACUCUUACUUUUUACCAAUUUGUGUUUCAUUUCCAUAACCAUCCAACCACUCAUGAACCAGGUAACAUUUCUUUACUGUAGUUUAUUGUUUUAAAUGGCACAAUCUUAGUUUUUAAUAUUAUUUUGUAAUUAUCUUUAGCUGUAGUGUUUGCAUUUGAGUUUGCAUUCGAAAAAUACUUCAUCCUUGGAAAAAAGAAAAAACGACAAAUCGAAUUAUGGAAUCCAGAGCAUUAGCUUCUGGAUAAUUACGUUGUUUCAUUUGAAUCGCUUGCAUGUUUUACAGUCUAAUUUUAGUUCUUAAUUAUGAUUUUGAAAGUAACUUUUGCGUAUGUACAUAUAUAGUUUGUAUAAUUUACUCUUGUACACACUUAUGGAAAAACAUUGAAACAUUUGAAGUAAUUUGUAUGUUUAAUAAAAAUCAACGAAAAAGAACAAAAACUUUGCUAAUGAAUCGAGCAAAACCAUUCGUGUUUUCUUAAUUUUAUGUGUAUAUAGUUGGCCAUAUACUAUCUUAUUGUAUUAUUUGACUAUACCUCGUAAUCCACACUCUUGUAUCUGUUGUGUUGUGCUGUGACCUCUCUUCUGUUUCCUAAUCUGCCUCCUCACCCAUGUGUAGAUUUUAUUAUUACAUUUGGAUGCAUUUGCCAGUACCAAAAAAAAAAACGAAAGAUUUUGUGGAGAAUUUAUUUGUAGUUUCUUGUCUUGCCUGGAGGGGUGAGUAUGACGUAUGAUUGUGUUUUUCUUUUAUAUACCAAAGAUAUCGAAUAUUAACCAAAAUUCAUUUCGAAAAUUGCUGGGCUGAAUUCGCGACUCGUUCGUUCCAUUUCCAUAUGCAGAAACUAAUUUAUUUAUUUAUUGUUUACGCUUAAGACUUUAACCACAUUCCACACGUGUUAUGGUGCCAUUUACUUAUCAAUAUUAAUAUUUAUAAUUUUCCAAAACUCCUUUAGCAGAUCUCAAUCUCAGAACAACUGCUUUUAGCUUAAGAUUGAUACGUAUUUCCCUGCCGACCCCCCAAAAGUAAUAUAAAUUCCUUUUUUUUUACACAAACUUUGUUCUAUAUACAAAUAUAUUUUAUAAAUGAAAAACCAAAUAAAUUUAUUUACAUUUGAUUAAUGCAUUUUCCAUUUAUUUUUAUUUAGCUGAUAACGCAAGAAGUCAAAAAAUGCUCUUAUGAUGUAGUUAUACUGUAAACUAUUGAAAAUAUUUACAAAAUAUUAUUUUAAAACUUUUGUAUGCUUUUCAAAUUACAACAUUUACUCAGAGCGAACAAAAACCGAAAAAUUAUUUACUCCAUGUACUUGUAAUAGUCUGAAUUCGUUAUACAAACAAUAUACUAUAUUAUACCCAUACUCCAUGAAAUGUUCUGUUUUCGAUAAUAGUACCAAAAAUAUAUACCCAAAGUAGUAGCUUGCUAAUUUUGAUGUAUAGUAACCAGAUCAAUCAUAUUUAUACAGCGCGCUCUAUAAAUAUAUACAUAUACAUAUAUAUAUUUUUUUUAUUAUUCAACAAUAAUUGAAUUGAAUUGAAGUCCUUAGUUAGAAGAGUUGGCUGAUAAAUAAAAUCUUGUUUUCAGCCAGCUUCUGACCAACCAAGAAAACCAAAAACGGAAUCAAAACUUGUGUUUGUGUCUCGUAGUGUUAUCCAGAUUUUCUAUAUUCCGCGCCAAAAGUAAUAGUUGAUUUUCUUAUUUAUUUAUCAUCGGGCCAAAAUCUACAAAACGAACUUGCUGUAAUAUAAUAACAACAACAUUUUACACUGCGAAUCGAAAGUUGUAACCUUUUGUUUUUAAUCGUAGGUUUACUAUCAACUUAUUGACAUAUAUUUAGAUACAAAUAGAUUUAUAUUCCUAUAUAGAUAUACACAUUUAUGGAAAUAAACGCAUGACGAAACAUGUAAAGUAGUCAAUUGAGUAAAAAUCCUUUACACUUUAUACAAUCGCAUUCCCUUAGAUCAUGCAGAGAACUUCAGAUCAUAGUACAUGUCUCAUGCGGACAUGUCGCCCGAUGUCCUCCAUUGGCAAGGCAUUAGCAUUAGCAUUAACUAUAAAACAUUGCUCAUGCACACCUUGCGUAUACUUAAUACCUACAUACAUACAUAACAUCUAAUCAUACACACACACACAUACAUCAUAUGACAAUAAGAUCAACUGUGUUUCAGCAUUCAAGUGUCAGUAUUCGUAAACCAAAUUACCUAAAAAACUGAAAAAAUGUACUUAUACUUAUACUACUUAAUCGCGAAUGAACUCGGAUCCGAUGGAACCUUUUGGAUUUUGAUUAGGCUCGGACGGAGGUUUUAGCAACUCGAAUAUAGUUGGGUUAGAUAGCGUUUAAAUGUUCUUCGGGCAACUCAAGUGGCGAAAACUUUAUAGAUAUUUACAUGCAUAUAUACAGAUACAUAUAUAUACAUACGAUGAUAUUUAGCAAGACCGUGAUAUAUUCAAUUAGUAAACAAAAAACAAAACCAAACAAAAAAAUUAUAUAUGUAUAUAUCAAUUAUAUGUGGAGGCGUCUCAAAAUGUGUCAAAUUGCAUACUAUGAGUAGAAUUUUUGGUAUACACUAAGAAAAACAAGCUGAGAGGCGAAAGAAAACAUUUCAUUAACUGUUGUUGUGAAGGCUACAAAACAACGCAUAUCACUUUGAUGGUGUCACAACCCAGAGUUUUCGAGUUUUACCUAAAAACAAAAACACAAAAGAUAAAGAAUCCAACUCGCAUAAAGAGGUUUGCUCCAGGGAAUAUUUUAAAACAACAAACUAGCAAAAUGAAGGCACG